GCCCGCACAGUCACAGGAGGGCUGUGCUCCCGGCUGCCCAGCAUGAAGCUGCUCUUCCCAGCCCUUGCACUGGCCCUGCUGGCUGCUGCCCACGCUGCUGAAGACUCCUGCGUGGGCCGCUGCGACGAUGCCUUCGACGCACAACGCAAGUGCCAGUGCGACACCCUCUGCAUGUACUACCAGAGCUGCUGCAGCGACUGGACCACCCUGCUUCCUCCCGCAGUGACCCGGGGAGAUGUGUUUGCCUUGCCGGAGGAUGACUACCUCGACUACAACUUCACCGUCGACUUCGGCACGGAGGUACCCAGCCCCACAGCAGGUGGGUUCUGGGACACUGUGGAUGAUGCACCCGAGGAGCUGUGCAGCAGGAAACCUUUUAAUGCCUUCACCGACCUGAAGAACGGCUCCCUUUAUGCUUUUCGAGGGAAGUAUUUCUACGAGCUGGACGAGACGAGUGUGCGGCCCGGCUACCCCAAGCUCAUCAGCGACGUCUGGGGCAUCGAGGGCCCCAUCGAUGCAGCCUUCACCCGCAUCAACUGCCAGGGCAAGACGUACCUGUUCAAGGGCAGCCAGUACUGGCGCUUUGAUGAUGGAGCCCUGGAUCCUGGGUACCCACGCAACAUCUCCGAGGGCUUUGAAGGCAUCCCAGACAACAUCAACGCAGCCUUCGCCCUCCCUGCGCACAACUACCAUGGCAAUGAGAGAGUCUAUUUCUUCAAGGACAAGUACUACUGGUCCUACGACUUCGCCCACCAGCCCACGCAGGCCGACUGUGAGAAGUCCUCCCCCUCCACCGUCUUCAACCACUACGCCUUCAUGAACCGCGACAGCUGGGAGGACAUCUUCCAUGCCCUCUUUGGCGGCAGGAUGACGGGGGCCAGCAGCCCGCGGUACAUCAGCAGAGACUGGCGGGGGGUGCCCAGCCGGCUGGACGCCGCCAUGGCCGGCAGGAUCUACGUGGCCUCCCACCAGCCCCGCAGGAGGAAAUCUCGCCGCCAGCGCAAGAGGUACAAGAACCACCGGUCGCUGAAUUUGGGUUUCUGGAGCUGGCUGCAUAACGACUCCGACUCCGCGGCUGUUGAAAGCGACUGGCUGUCGGGCUCCCAGUGCGAGACCCUCCAGAGCGUCUACUUCUUUGUAGGAGACAAGUACUACCGCGUCAACCUGCGCACCAAGCGCGUGGACCUGGUGCAGCCCCGCUACCCCCGCUCCAUCGCCCAGUACUGGCUGAACUGCCCCCAGCCUGGGGAGGAGAGCACCUGAGGGGGCCCUGAUGGAGCCCUCCAGUCACACAGCCCCUAGCUAGAGAGAAAUAAACUGAGUGCUGUGCA